CGGGCUGGAUCUGACUGGAUGAGCUUGAUCCUUGCAAGUAGUCAAGUUCCAAAUUAUGACCCUUGCGCAUUUAUGAAAUAGAGUGAAAUCUUGAGGGGAUUCCUAGUGCUGGUGACUGCGGUUGAGACGAUCUAACUAAUCUUCUACCCAACUGAGAUUCCCAGCGGAAGAGAAUAUCGUCUCAGCAAACUGAGGAUAACGUGACACUUGCGAUGGACAGUGCCCUGCCACAGUCACAUCAACAUGUGACUUUCUUCCACGAUAAUUGCCUCAGUCGAAGCCGCGCAUUCCCAGGCAUUCCCUCGUCCUCCUUGGAUGUAGAGCUCCCGCCUAUCAUACACCUCGCGUGGCAGAGAUCGCUCUGAUUCCACUGCCUCCUUCCAUCAUGAUUUGCAAUUUUGGGCGGCGGACUCGGGGUCUGGUGGGGACUGAAUCGAGCCCCUGGGAAGGCUGCUGUUAGGGGACAAAUCAGCCGGUGCGUUCCCUCCACCUUCUUUCUUGCUUCUCUUCCACGACUUCGCCUGGCACGGCCGAUGUUUGUGUCUGGCCUCGCUCUAUGAGUGCCACACAGAUUCAGAUUGAGCUGAACUCGAGCUACUACUUGAACGCCAUCUCAUUUACGAUCCUUUUCUACGAUUACUUUCUGACGCUCCCGGCUGAAGUCGCGCGGUACUGGACCCUGCUUACGCGCGGGCAGAGGCGAUGGAACGGGGCAUCGAUUCUGUUCUUCGCGAACCGCUACCUCACGCUCCUGGGCAACAUCCCCGUGGUGAUCCAGUAUUUCUGGACGACUGAGCCGACUGAGGGCAAAGAAUCAGCGCUGGAGACGUACCACGAGUACUUCAUCGUCGUCUCGCAGAUCAUUGUCGGAGUCCUGCUCAUCCUUCGGACGUACGCGCUGUACGAACGCAACCGCCUGGUGCUGUGCUUCCUCCUGCUCAUCGGCGUGGGCGUCAUCGUCUGCGGUGUGUACGGCACGGUCUUCCUCGGCAGCCCCAAGGAGCGCCAGCCGAAUCUGCCACUGCUGAUUGGCUGCAACUAUCAAAUCGACCAUAAGCAGGGUAUCGGACUGAUUUACGCGUGGGGAUCCAUGGGCGUGUUCGACAUCAUUAUCUUCUUUCUGACGGUUCACCGCGCGCUGCAGUUUAGGCGCCGAUCGAACGGGGGUGCUCUUUCGCUGCUUUCUGUUUUACUCCGAGACGGGUCGAUCUAUUUCGGGGUCAUGGUCAUCACGAAUCUGUGUAAUAUCAUGACGUACAUCGUAGGAAAGGACUACACCCGCGGUGUAGCAACGACCUUCAUGAACGUCAUCUCCUCAGUCAUGAUCUCGCGCCUCAUGCUGAACAUCCGGGACCCCGCAUUGAGCGGCUCGUCCGAAUACGAUUCCGAGACGCUCAGCGGAGAAAGGACGGAUGUCCUGUUCUCGACUUUUCUGUCGAGCACUGAGAAUCGGAUUUGCCGCGGGUUUCGUUCAGCCGACUCAACGAGUGCUCCGGGAUUUUUGGUGGCCGACUUUGUUGAUCCAAUUGUAUAAUAAUUAAGGGUUUC